AGGGCAUGUUUAAACUCAAUUUCAGAGCAUUGACAUAUUAUACAUACUUGUUGCCUGACACUACGCAAUCCAAAGUCUAACAAAAUGCGAUAAGUACAUCAAUAUGCAAUGUUUAAUUUUUGUAACUUACCAACCUUCAUGAAGGAACAGCUUGGUAUAUAUAUAUAUAUAUAUAUAAAUUAUAAAUACACAUCCAUUUGUAUUAGAGACCGACCGAAGUUUCGGUUUCGGAUUCGGUUUCGGCCAAGUUUCGGCCAAAAAACCGGUUUCGGUCGAAGUUCCGGUUUCGGCAGCCAAUUGGCCGAAACUUUCGGCUUGGCCGAAACAUACGAUCGUAAGGUCUCGGGAUAUGUCCGGUUGUAG